AAAUAGGUUUUGAAAAGAUCAUAUUUUAGAGUGUGUGCAAUGUUUGGAUACAUGUGUGUUUAAACGAUAUCAAGACAGCACACAAGAAUCGUCUGUGGGGGACAAACUGCCUCUCUCUCUGCACGCAAGGAACAUACUGUAUCGUAUCUUAAAGGAGGUGGCACUUUUCGGUUGUAUUCACGUAAUGUAUGCAUCAGAUCGGAGACUAUUCGAUCUAAUGACAGAUGUACUCAAAUGAAUAUACGGUGACAACAAUACAAUAAUCAAUUGACAAAUAAAACAUUACUCAUAUCGCUCUUGCGCAUACAAGGACGUUUUAGUAUUGGUCACGAUAUCUUAAAGCUGCAUAAUCAUAUAACAUGGCAUCAAAGCAGUUUCAGUGUGAAAUGUGCUUUAAUGAAAACGCAGUUGGACAUUGCAAAACCUGCGGUGAUGUUGGAGAAAUUUGUGUAGAUAUUCACAAAAAAGGAAAGUUGUUUCAAACUCACACUGUCGUUUUGUAUGAGGCUGUAAAAAUGCACGAGGAUGGUGGAGAUAAACCAAAAUUCUUUAUGAAAGACAUCACAGAAGAUAGAUGUAAGCAGCAUCCGACAGAGAGAGCUAUAUUUCUUUGUAAUAUUCAUGAGUCCAUGAUAUGUGGCCGAUGUCUUCAUUCGGAACAUAUUCCUUGUGUAAAAGAAGUUGUUGACUUGUUGCAGGAAGGAAAUUACCCUUGACUGCGAGAAAGUCAACACAAUGAAGUCAGUGUUAAUGGAGGUAAAACAUGAAAUUCGGCUUUUGAAAAAUGAGGCAGAACAAAGCAAGGAUAACUACAAGAAAACUGCAGAUACAUGUGUGCAAGAAUGUAUGGAGUUGGGUAAUAAGAUUAAACGACGAGUAGAUGAACUAACAAGUGGCCUUAGAGACGGGAUAACAUACAAACAUAACGAAAACUUGACCAUUCAUUCCCAUAUUACUAAAUUGUGUGAUGAGAAAACCAAGUGGUGUGACGAUGAGGAAAGUAAAAUUGAUAAUUUUGUUAACAAUAAUUUGGCUGGGCAUUUGUACCUAAUGAGCAGACAUUUUGAGAAAGAAGCUUCGGAUGCCAGAUCCCACCUGAAAGAAAUAAAACACAAACAUACUUUUAAAGGUUUCGACUUCAAAGAAAACAAUGUUAUUCUUAAAUGCCUGUUUGAGGAUUUGGAGGAAGUUUGUGAACAACAAGACGAAGUUACUGGGAGCGACGAUGGAAAUGCCAACGAUGUUUUCGCAUCUCUCCCGAAAAUAAACAAGACCCGGCGAGAGCUCACUGUACUCUUGAAUCAGGCUAAACACGAAUUAGAUAACUCAGAAAAGACAAGAAAGCAAUUCGAGCAAGAGUUACUGAAAGCGAAACAGGACAUACAAAAAUCUGAAAACACAAGAAAGCAGUUCGAACAAGAUUUACUGAAAGCGAAACAGGACAUAGAGAAUUAUGAAAAGACACAGAAGGAACUGCGUGAUGAGCUGAAACGAGUUAAACAAGAUCUUUCAGAAAAGACAAGAAAGGGUUUCGAACACGAUUUACUAAAAACAAAACCGGACAUAGAUAAAUCUGAAAAGGAACGAGCAGUUGUCACUUCACAGCUUUCACACCUGAAAGACAAUAUCAAGUGGACUCAACCAACUGGAACAGUUGAUGUCAAGAUCCGUCGGAGUGCUGUUGAUAUCAUCGAUUUGAUUUUUACAUUCCCAGAUGGCAUUCAAACGGCACUUGGACAGAAAGUGACGUCAACGAAGAACAUCUGUGAUACAGCUCAUGUGGUUCCAGCCACGUGGUAG